AUGGCUUUCAAGGGUUGCAAUGGCAAAUACCUCAGCGCCCAAAUGAUCAACAGAUGCCCGUAUCUGUUGUUCAAAUCUGAUGACUUGGGAGAUCUGAUAGUAGGGAACCAUCUCUCAGCCAAACCAGAAAGAAUCCUCCACAUAAUAUCCAUUUCCUUGUUCGAAAAAUGGAGGCUUACCAAGGAUGACUGGAUCUGCUCAGACUCAAAUAACUUCUCCCUCGAUGACUCUUACACAUUUUUUUGGCCACUCAAAGUCGAGGACAAUCUCAUUGCUCUCUACAGCAUGUGUAACAAAAAUUUCUGCAGGCCGAUUACUGCCGGCGAUGAUAUUACAAGCGGUCUCAUGGCUGACGUCCCCACUAUCCACGCUUCAUUAUCUGGUCUAAGAACUCAUCAAGCUCCACCUAAUUCUAGCCCUGGCAGUAUUGUUCCUGACACUGACAUUCCCACAUGUCAAAUUUGCAACAAGAAAGGCCAUGUAGCUGCUAAUUGUUAUCAAAGGCAUAAUCAACCCUCUGCUCCUACCUCAUAA